GUGCUGCUAGUUCUUUUCAAGUAUGCUUUGGUUCAGAUCCGAAAACAGAAGGAGAAGAUCCUACGCAAACUGCAUGGUAGCCGCAGAAAGGCUCUGGAUGAGCAUGAAAAUAUGCUGGCCUUGGAGAAGGAAAAGGACAAGGAUGCGUAAUCUUGAAAGAUGGUUUCGUGAUCCUUUCCCAUCCAAACAAAGAUAAGU